GGGAGGGGAAAAAAGAGAAGAGGAGGGGAGGGAAGAAAAGGAGAGGGGAGGAGCCCCCUGGCCGCCAGCAGUCAGCCAGCCCCGCACGCCCAAGCCUUAGACUCCGAGCAUCGGGAGUUUGAGCCCAAGCAGCGCUUGGGGGCUGAGCUGGGAGGGGGCGGUGCUGGAGAAGGGGAGGCAAAGCACGCGGGGCAGCUGAGUUGGUCAAGGGUCCGGAGUGUCGGUCCAGUUGGACGCGGCCUCGAGGAGAAGAGCUUGGUCUCUGCCCUUUUCCCUAGGGCAUUGCCGUCGCACCCCCACCCUUAAGCCUCAUUCAGUGUUCUUCCCCCGCACGACCUCCUAGCGCCAGGAGAGGGAGGCAGCGUUGCGGGGAGGGGGUUCGGGGCAGACUAUGAGGCGCCCACCAUGGUGCGAUGCGACCGCGGGCUUCAGAUGCUGCUGACCACGGCUGGAGCCUUCGCCGCCUUCUCCCUCAUGGCCAUCGCCAUCGGCACCGACUACUGGCUCUACUCCAGCGCGCACAUCUGCAACGGGACCAACCUGACCAUGGACGAAGGCGGCCCGCCCCGCCAAGGAGCCCGAGGCGACCUCACGCACUCCGGCCUGUGGCGGGUCUGCUGUAUCGAAGGGAUCUAUAAAGGUCAUUGUUUCCGGAUCAACCACUUCCCAGAAGACAAUGAUUAUGACCAUGACAGCUCAGAAUAUCUUCUGCGUAUUGUUAGGGCUUCCAGUGUGUUCCCUAUCCUCAGCACUGUCUUUCUUCUGCUGGGAGGUCUCUGCAUUGGUGCCGGGAGGAUUUACAGCAGCAAGAACAACAUCAUCCUUAGUGCGGGGAUCCUAUUUGUUGCAGCAGGUCUGAGUAACAUCAUUGGAAUCAUCGUUUAUAUCUCCAGCAAUGCAGGCGACCCAAGUGACAAGAGAGAUGAAGACAAAAAAAACCAUUACAACUAUGGUUGGUCUUUUUACUUUGGCGCUCUGUCUUUUAUCGUGGCUGAGACAAUAGGCGUCCUGGCUGUAAACAUUUACAUUGAGAAAAAUAAAGAGUUAAGAUUUAAGACCAAACGGGAGUUCCUUAAGACUUCUUCCUCUUCCCCUUAUGCCAGAAUGCCAAGUUACAGGUAUAGAAGGAGGAGGUCCAGAUCUAGUUCCCAAUCUACGGAGGCUUCUCCUUCCAGGGAUGUCUCCCCCGUCAGCAUGAAGAUCUCAAGUUCCAUCCCCAUGGGGGAGAUCUCCAUGUACACCCUAUCCAGGGAGCCCCUGAAAGUGACCACAGCAGCAAGCUACAAUCCAGAGCAAGAUGCUGGUUUCCUCCAGGUUCACAACUUCCUGCAGAAGGAGCUGAAGGAAGGAUUUCAUGUCAGCAUGAUUAAUCGGCGGACCACGCCUGUGUGAGGAGAGUGAAGGAUCUCCUUCCCCUUAAAAAGAAUUCUCAUCUCCUUACUACAAUGGAUCUUUUGAUCAAACAGGAAGAUCCUUAAAAGAACAAAAAGACCAAAAGAGAAAAAAGAAAAAAAAAGAAAAAAACUCAACAGAAACAAAAAAAUUUCCCUGAUCUCCAAAACACAUCAAGUGCUAGUUUUUACAAAUAAGGACCUGGGGAUAUUGGAAUAUGAACAGCAAUCAGAAGCUGAAGGCUGACUUUAAGCAAGGAGGUUGUUCAAAUGCCUUAAGGUGUAGUCAGCCUCGGAAGAAGGCAAAAGUGCUUACCUGAGCCUUCUGGGGUAACUCAGUCUUAUUGAUGCUGGAACACAAAAUUGAGCCAUUAUCUCCUUUUGAAAACAUAACUUGACAGAAGAAUGGGAUUUCCAUGGACCUAUACUUAAUAGCACCCAGCACCACUGGAGAGUCUCCACACCACGCUCCAAUGGAGGGCUAUAGUGGAGAUCACUGCUGCUCCUCAGAACAGUGUUUCACUUGCUUUCUGCGAUGGAGAAGAGGAAACCAAAGCUGCUCUCUCAAUCUCUCUCCCCUUCUCCUCCCUCCCCCCCUUUCUCUCUCUCUCUCUCUC